AUGCUUCUCACCAAGGCCCUCACCGGCCUCACGGCCCUUGCCGGCCUCGUCGCUGCCCAUCCCGGGCACAGCGUCGCCCAAGAAGCCGCCGAGCUCCGUGCCUACAUGCAGUCGGUCAAGCGCACCUCACUCGCGCACUGCGCCGACAAGCUCGAAGCGCGCGGUCAUGCUGCGCGCAACGUCGCCCGGCGCCAGGCCGCGGUCAACAAGGCGCGCACGAAGCGCGGCCUGAAGAAGCGGAACAUUGAUGAGGUCCUGGCCACUGACCACAACAAGACCACGCUCGCGUAUACCCCCGAGACUGAUCCCAAGACGCUGUUUUCCGGGUAUAACUCGUGCUUGUUGGCGCCUGAGGUAACUCAGGGUCCUUACUACGUUGCCGGCGAGUACAUCCGGCACAACGUCGUCGAAGACCAACCCGGCGUGCCCCUCCUACUCGACUACCAAGUCAUUGACGUCGAUACCUGCGAGCCAGUCCCCAGCGUCUACCUCGAAAUCUGGCACUGCAACUCCACGGGCGUGUACGCCGGCGUAGCGGCCAACGGCAACGGCAACACCGCCGACGACACCAACAUCGACCAGACCUGGCUGCGCGGCAUCCAGCUGACCAACGGCGACGGCGUGGCCCAGUUCGAGUCCGUUUUCCCGGGCCACUACACCGGUCGCACGCCGCACAUCCAUGUGAUGGUGCACGCGACGGCGGGGGGCAAGAACGGCACCGUCCAGGCCAAUAACACCCUCGGCCUAGAUAACUAUUCCAGCCAUGUCGGCCAGAGCUUCUUCGACCAGACCCUCAUCAGCGCCGUCGAGCUCACGGAGCCUUAUGCGUCCAACACCCAGCCGCUCACGACCAACGCCGAGGACGGGAUCAUGUCGCAGUCUGCUGAGGGCGAUGGAGUCGACCCUGUGAUGGAGUACACCCUCCUCGGUAAUUCCAUUGAGGAUGGGCUGUUUGCGUGGUUCUCGUUUGGUGUGAACACCACGCGGGUGGAUAGCAUCAGCCCGGCCGUGUGGCUGGAGGAAGGCGGCGGUGUCGCGAACCCCGAUGCCGGCGGCGGUGGCGGUCCUGGUGGCCCCGGUGGGUUUCCCAGCGGUGGCUUCCCGAGCGGGUUCCCCAGCGGCGGUCCGACUUCGUCUGCGGCGGCGACGAGCACGGCGGCUGCCAAGUGCAGGCGGGGAGAGUGA